UGAUGAGUUCUUGCUUCAGCCAGCCCACCUCCACUGACCCUAUAUAAUGCCAGCGUCCUCACCAGCUUUCCUCCUAUGGGGAGGGGCUGCCAGGGCUCUGCUUCUGUUUUGCUUUGGCUGCUGCAGCCAUGGACUGGGGCUUCAGAGAUUUGGGGGGGUUAGCAAUCUUGGUGAUUCUGGGGCUGUGCCAAGGGCAAGGUGACGUUUGGAGGGUGGGCUCCUUACCCUCCCCAUAUCAUUACAACUGUGGGGAGUACAGCAUGCAGCUGCUUGUGUUUCCUAGCCCAGGCCGAGAUGUCCGCUUUAAAGUUGUGGAUGAGUUUGGGAUAGCCUUUGAAGUUUCGAAUUGCUCAAUCUGCCGCCACUGGAUCACAUCUAAUGGGGCUAUUGCUUUCUCUGCUGGCUACGGUGGCUGUCACGUACUAAAUAAGGAUAACAGCAAUAACUUGAAAGUCCGGAUAGAGGAACUAACAAGCAACAGAAGAGUUGUUGUCUCCCAUGAUGUCAACAUAAUAUGCCCCAAGCCACAAGAAUAUGUCCCAGCACCAGAGGACAACAUGCGUCAUGUGCCUCAGCCUCAGCCUGGCGUGGUGCGCCCUCUGCCUCAUUCCCAGCCUGGCCUAGAGUUCCCGCUGUCUCAGCCUUGGCCCAGUCAGGUGCGCCCACAACCUCAGCCCCAGCCUGACCGAGAGCGUCCUGUGCCUGGCCUAAUACGCCCAGAAACCCAACCUAGCAUAGUACGCCCACAACCUCAGCCUGGCCUGGGGCUUCCGGUGCCUGGCCUAAUACACCCAGAGCCCCAGCCUGGCAUAGUGCACCCGUGGCCUCAGCCCGGCCAAGUGCACCCACUGCCUCAGCCUCAGCCUAGCAAAGUACAGCCUCAGCCUGGCCUAGUGCGCCAUUGGCCGCAGCCUCAGCCCGGCCAAGUGCGCCCACUACCUCAGCCUCAGCCCAGCCAAGUGCGCCCACUGCCUCAGCCUCAGCCCGGCCAAGUCCGCCCGCUGCCUCAGCCUGGCCAAGUACACCCACUGCCUCAGCCCGGCCAAGUACGCCCGCUGCCUCAACCUCAGCCUCAGCCCGGCCUAGUGCGCCCGCUGCCUCAACCUCAGCCUCAGCCUGGCCUAGAGCGCCCACUGCCUCAACCUCAGCCCGGCCUAGUGCGCCCACUGCCUCAGCCACAGCCUGGCCAAGUGCACCCACUGCCUCAGCCUCAGCCCGGCCUAGUGCGCCCGCUGCCUCAACCUCAGCCUCAGCCCGGCCAAGUGCGCCCGCUGCCUCAACCUCAACCUCAGCCUCAACCCGACCAAGUGCGCCCGCUGCCUCAACCUCAGCCCGGCCUAGUGCGCCCGCUGCCUCAACCUCAGCCUCAGCCCGGCCUAGUGCGCCCGCUGCCUCAACCUCAGCCUCAGCCCGGCCAAGUGCGCCCGCUGCCUCAACCUCAGCCUCAGCCCGGCCUAGUGCGCCCGCUGCCUCAACCUCAACCUCAGCCCGGCCUAGUGCGCCCGCUGCCUCAACCUCAACCUCAGCCCGGCCUAGUGCGCCCGCUGCCUCAACCUCAACCUCAGCCCGGCCUAGUGCGCCCGCUGCCUCAACCUCAGCCUCAGCCCGGCCAAGUGCGCCCGCUGCCUCAACCUCAGCCUCAACCCGACCAAGUGCGCCCGCUGCCUCAACCUCAGCCCGGCCUAGUGCGCCCGCUGCCUCAACCUCAGCCACAGCCCGGCCAAGUGCGCCCGCUGCCUCAACCUCAGCCUCAACCCGACCAAGUGCGCCCGCUGCCUCAGCCUCAGCCCGGCCUAGUGCGCCCACUGCCUCGACCUCAGCCUCAGCCUGGCCUAGUGCGCCCGCUGCCUCAACCUCAGCCUCAGCCCGGCCAAGUGCACCCGCAGCCUCAGCCCAGCCAAGUGCGCCCACUGCCUCAACCUCAGCCUCAGCCCGGCCAAGUGCACCCGCAGCCUCAGCCCAGCCAAGUGCGCCCGCUGCCUCAACCUCAGCCUCAGCCCGGCCAAGUGCACCCGCAGCCUCAGCCCAGCCAAGUGCGCCCACUGCCUCAACCUCAGCCCGGCCUAGUGCGCCCACUGCCUCAGCCACAACCUGGCCAAGUGCACCCAUGGCCUCAGCCCGGCCAGGUGCGCCCGCUGCCUCAGCCUGGCCAUGUGCACCCGCUGCCUCAGCCUCAACCCGGCGAAAUACAGCCGCAGCCUCAGCCCGGCCUAGUGCGCCCACUGCCUCAGCCUCAGCCUCAACCCGGUGAAGUACAGCCGCAGCCGCAGCCCGGUCAAGUGCGCCCACUGCCUCAACCUCAGCCUGGCCAAGUGCACCCAUGGCCGCUACCUCAGCCCGGCCAAGUACGCCCGCUGCCUCAGCCCGGCCAUGUGCACCCGCUGCCUCAGCCUCAGCCUGGCCAAGUGCGCCCGCUGCCUCAGCCCGGCCAGGUGCACCCGCUGCCUCAGCCUCAGCCUGGCCAAGUGCGCCCGCUGCCUCAGCCCGGCCAGGUGCACCCGCUGCCUCAGCCGCAGCCACUGCCCAGCCAAGGACACCCAUUGCCUCAGCCAGGCGAAGUGCAGCCGCAGCCCGGCCUGGUGCGCCCAUGGCCUCUACCUCAACCUGGUCAAGUGCUCCCGCCGCCUCAACCUCAGCCCGGCCAAGUGCGCCCGCUGCCUCAACCUCAGCCCGGCCUAGUGCACCCGCUGCCUCAGCCUCAACCUCAGCCUGGCGAAGUGCAGCCUCAGCCUGGUCAAGUGCGCCCAAUGCCUCAGCCCGGCCAGGUGCACCCGCUGCCCCAGCCUCAGCCCGGCGAAGUGCACCCGCUGCCUCAGCCUCAGCCUCAACCCGGUGAAGUACAGCCGCAGCCGCAGCCCAGUCAAGUGCACCCACUGCCUCAGCCUCAGCCCGGCCAAGUGCGGCCGCUGCCUCAACCUCAGCCUCAGCCUGGCCAAGUACACCCACUGCCUCAGCCCGGCCAAGUGCGCCCGCUGCCUCAGCCUCAGCCCGGCCAAGUCCUCCCGCUGCCUCAGCCUGGCCAAGUACACCCACUGCCUCAGCCUCAGCCCGGCCUAGUGCGCCCGCUGCCUCAACCUCAGCCUCAGCCUGGCCAAGUACACCCACUGCCUCAGCCCGGCCAAGUCCUCCCGCUGCCUCAGCCUGGCCAAGUACACCCACUGCCUCAGCCUCAGCCCGGCCUAGUGCGCCCGCUGCCUCAACCUCAGCCUCAGCCUGGCCAAGUACACCCACUGCCUCAGCCCGGCCAAGUCCUCCCGCUGCCUCAGCCUGGCCAAGUACACCCACUGCCUCAGCCUCAGCCCGGCCUAGUGCGCCCGCUGCCUCAGCCUGGCCAAGUACACCCACUGCCUCAGCCCGGCCAAGUGCGCCCGCUGCCUCAGCCUCAGCCUCAGCCCGGCCAGUGCGCCCGCUGCCUCAGCCUCAGCCCGGCCAAGUCCUCCCGCUGCCUCAGCCUGGCCAAGUACACCCACUGCCUCAGCCUCAGCCCGGCCAAGUGCGCCCGCUGCCUCAGCCUGGCCAAGUACACCCACUGCCUCAGCCCGGCCAAGUGCGCCCGCUGCCUCAGCCUGGCCAAGUACACCCACUGCCUCAGUCCGGCCAAGUGCGCCCGCUGCCUCAGCCUCAGCCUCAGCCCGGCCAAGUGCGCCCCUCUGCCUCAACCUCAGCCUCAGCCUGGCCUAGUGCGCCCGCUGCCUCAGCCUGGCCAAGUACACCCACUGCCUCAGCCCGGCCAAGUGCGCCCGCUGCCUCAGCCUCAGCCCGGCCAAGUCCUCCCGCUGCCUCAGCCUGGCCAAGUACACCCACUGCCUCAGCCUCAGCCCGGCCUAGUGCGCCCGCUGCCUCAGCCUGGCCAAGUACACCCACUGCCUCAGCCCGGCCAAGUGCGCCCGCUGCCUCAGCCUCAGCCUCAGCCCAGCCAAGUACACCCACUGCCUCAGCCUCAGCCCGGCCAAGUGCGCCCGCUGCCUCAGCCUCAGCCUGGCCAAGUGCGCCCUCUGCCUCAGCCUCAGCCCGGCCAAGUGCAACCAGUGCCUCCUCUCUAUCCUGGCCUCAUGCACCCUUCUGGCCUCUACAGUAUAGGUUCUCCUCUAACCCAGGAGCAGUGCCAGGUUUCAUCUGGAAAGAUUCCCUGUGCAGGUUCACUAGGACAAGCUGAAUGUUACCAGACUGGAUGCUGUUAUGAUGAGAGGGACCAAACUACUCCAUGUUACUAUGGCAACACAGUCACUGUCCAAUGCCUUCGAGAUGGCCACUUCAUUUUAGUUGUCUCCAGGGAUAUGUUGGACUACCCCAUCUUCCUUGACAGUGUCAAACUGUCCUAUGCCCAAGGAGGAUGUGACCCUGUCAGGAAAACGGAGUCUUUCUUGGUCUUCCACUUCCCUCUCACACACUGUGGUACGACGAUUCAGAUGACUGGUGGCAGACUGAUAUAUGAAAACCAGUUGGUUUCAGGUGUUGAAAUCUUAAGGGGGCCAGAUGGUUUUAUUACCCGGGACAGCACCUUCAUCCUCAAUACUCGCUGCAUCUACAACGCCACUGACUUCUUGCCAGUUCAGGUUGAAGUCUUCUUUCCUCCCACACCUGCUCCGGUUAUCGAGAUGGGGCCUCUCCGGUUUGAGCUGCGUAUUGCUACAGACUACAGUUACAGCUCCUACUACGUGGAUGCAGACUAUCCUGUGGUGAAGAUACUGAGAGACCCUGUGUAUGUGGAGGUUCGCGUCCUGCAGAGAAUGGACCCAUCCUUGGUUCUGGUUCUGCAUGAAUGCUGGGCUACCCCUACCCCUAACCCCCUUGAGAAGCUGCAGUGGCCAAUUCUGAUAGAUGGGUGCCCAUUUGAAGGCGAUAACUACAGAACCCAGAUGGUUCCUAUGGGGCCUGCCACGUCUCAGUUGCAGUUUCCAGACCAUUACCAGCGUUUCACCAUUGCUACAUUUACAUUUGUGGAUUCUGCCCAUUAUAUGGUGCUGGAUGGAUUGGUGUACCUCUUCUGCAGUGUGUCUGUCUGCCACCCCUCUCACCUGCAGCCCUGCAGGAACACGUGUCAAAUGCCAGUGGCUGCAAGAAGUCGUCGGUUUUUGAAGACAGGCAAUGGGACAGAAUCCUUGGACCUAGUAAGCACUUACGGAGGUGUGAUCUUUCAAGAAAGCAGCGAGACUCAUGAUAAACAAGCCAAAUGGAAGAAAGACAUGAGCUCCAGUGGAGAUCUGGCCCUGAUAUGCUUGGUGGCACUGCCGUUAGUGGGUGUAAUCUUGUUUGUUGUUGUGAUCGUACUCUGGAAAAAGAGAAGCAGAGUGACAAAACUCUAGUACUGAUGGGAAAAUGCAUAGAAUUAAAGAGUUGUAAACUUU